AUGGGAGAAGAUAAGAUCAGCGUAAGAGAGUUCGAGCCAGAGAGGGACGCCGCCGCCGUGGAGGAGAUGGAGAAGCAGUGCGAUGUCUCCCCCGCUGGGUCCUGCGGGGAGGAUGAUGACAGUGAGAAGAUGCAGACGAGGAAGAAGAAAAAGAAGAAGAAGAAGAAGAAGAUAAAGGCGCCGACGACGCUGUUCGUUGACCUCUUGGGCGACCCCCUCUGCAGGGUUCGCUACUUCUCCAACCGCGUCAUGCUGGUACGCGUUUCGACGGACGUAUGAAAUGUUCUCAUUCGGAAAAUAUUCUCGGCAUUAUCAUCGAUUCUUAUGUACCAGCAAUGGUCGGGAUCUCGUGCAGAUAGCCGAGUACGGGGAGCAGAAGCAGAUUGUGGGCGUGGUGAGGGCCAGCAUCAAGACUGUAACCAGAGGAAGCAAGGGCCCCGACGGCUCUCCCGCCUACGCAAGAGUCGCUUAUAUCCUCGGCUUGAGAGUCUCUCCCCAUCACAGGUCCCCCCAUCUCUCUCAUUUCUCUAUCUCUCUCCAUAUAUCUGAUUGACUGGUUAUGUGGCUUCAUACAGUUGCAUGGCUUCUUCAUUCACCUUCUCGCCUUUUCUCACGUAAGAGGGACCGCUAGAUUUCGUCCCUCCGGCUGUAGCCAUGCAUAGAUCCAAUCAUUACCUAUCCGGCCCAUUAUUCUAUGGCUCCAUCGCCCUUGCAUCCGGCGUUUACCAUAAAGAGAUAAAAGCUGAAGCUGUUCGUAAAGAACAGAUCCGCCCGCAUUCUUGUUUCCCAGUCCAUUUAUGGGCCUUCCCCACCCGCCGGCGGUCUCCCUCUUGAAGAUAAUGAGUUAACGCCAGGGGAAAAUAUAGUAAACCAAAAAGGAAAUGACUGGUCGGAGGAGGGCGGCGGCGCUGAAGAACCCGCUCGCUCGUUCAAGGAGGGAGGAGAGAUCGAACGCUUGUUGCGUGUGCUUGGACUGCACUGAAAGAAAGAUGAUGGCCGCUUCUGACUCGGGAGCGGGGGACUCGUCUGUGUUCUUGCAGGCGUAUGGGCGUGGCGACUCGGCUGGUGGAAGCCGCGGAGGAGUGGUGCAGGAAGGAAGGCGGCGCUGAGUACGCGUACAUGGCCACGGAGCGCUCCAACGCCGCCUCCCUCAACCUCUUCACCGUGAAGUUCUCGUACACCCCCUUCCGGUUUCCCAGUGUCCUCGUACAGCCCGUCCACGCCCACCCACUCAAGCUCUCCAAGGGCGCGGCUGUCCUCCCCCUGCCGCCGGCGGUGGCGGAGCCGCUCUACCGCCGCCUGUUUGCGGCGUCGUCGGAGUUCUUCCCCAAGGACAUCUCCGCCGUCCUCGCCAACCCUCUCACGCUCGGCACCUUCAUGGCUAUUCCUUCCUGGGAGGCAGCGCCGCCGCCGUGGGAUCCGUGGCGGACGGACGACGCCGGUGGGCUCCCGCCCAGCUUCGCCGUGAUGAGCCUCUGGAACAGCAAGGAGAUGUUCAGGAUGCAGGUGAAGGGCGGUUCCGCCGCGGCGAGAUUGGUCCUCCGGUGGUGGCGCGCCGCCGACGAGCGCCUCCCCUGGGCCGGCAUCCCUUCCUUGCCGGACCUGUUCCGGCCCUUCGGGGUGUACUUUAUGUACGGCCUCCACGCCGAGGGGAAGGGCGGCGGCGGCCUGAUGCGCACCCUCUGCCGGCUGGCUCAUAACCUGGCGCGAGAGGACCGCGGCUGCGCCGCCGUGGUGGCGGAGCUGGGGAGGGACGACCCAGUUAGAGAGGGAGUUCCACACUGGCGCAGUCUCUCUUGGGACGAGGACGUUUGGUGCAUGAAGAAGCUCGUCGCUGCUUCUCCGUCCUCCGCCGAGGAGGAGGAGGAGGACUACGACAACUGGGUCAGCUCCAAGCCUUCCACCGACGUUGUGUUCGUCGAUCCCCGCGACUUCUGA